UCCACCAAAAAAAGAAGAAAGUAAGAGCAUGGAGGAAGUAGACGUUGGGAGGAAGGUUCGGGAGGUGGAGAUUCACCUGUUCCGGCAGGGUCGGGGUCCCAUAGCGGUGUUCAAGUCGAGGCUCGAUGGUUGGGAGCAAAACCAGUUGGAGGUUCGGGACAUUCUCAACAAACACGCUCUCAAAUCAAUCUUCGCUUUCAACCCUCAAUCUGGUCGCUGCGUCCCCAUCCGCUUCAACCCCACAAACGGAAGAUCCAUUUUGACUUACCGGAACGGUGCCGUUCUUUACAUCGAUGGCGAACCCAAGGACUCAUUACUUAAACCAGUGACCAGGAUCUUGGUUGGUGUAGUACUGAUAGCUAUUAUGAUAAUGCUAGUUUCUAAGGAUUCUCCAGAAUGGAUCAAGAAAUUAGACAUUUCGGGUGUAAACUUCCCUCCAUUGAUCUUGGCUUGUGUAGUUAUUGUUUUCACCCGCAUGAGGAAGGGAACCAAAGAUUUUCUGAAAAGGCAUGGUUGGUGAAUAUGGACGGGGUUGAUGCCUUUGAGAUAGGUUUUCAUGUUGUAUCAUCAUCAAUGUUCAUGUCUAUAUGUAUACUAUUUCGCUUUUUCAAUAUUGUUUUCUAUGCUCAAAAGCAUAUCUGAUUA